CGAAGAAGAUGAAGCGCAUGCGCAGUGCAGUGCGUCACAAGCGGCUAUGUUUACAUCUGUUGAAAACAUUUAUCACUUUUUGAGUCCUUAUUAACGGCCUGCAGCGCUUGUGCCAGUUAAUCACUGCACACGAUGAGCACGGAGCCCGCUAGCCUGGAGAGCCUGCGUGUACUGUAUCACAGUGAUGACUACAUCGUGGUGGACAAACACUGGGACAUCCGCAUCGACAGCAAGAUGUGGUACGAGAAGAACACUGUACAGGCACAGCUUCGCCACCGCUUCCCUCAGCUGGCUGACCCACGCACCUACUAUGGAUUUCGGUUCUGUCAUCAGUUGGAUUUCUCCACAAGUGGAGCUCUUUGUGUUGCCCUGAAUAAAGCUGCCGCUGGCCGGGCUUACCGCUGCUUCAAGGACCGCACCGUGACCAAAUUCUACCUCGCUCUGAUACGUGGGGCGGUCGAAGGAGAGACACACACUGUAGACUUCUCCAUCGGCAAGAACUCCACGGAGGGAAAAACACAUAUGAUGUGUGUUGAGGGAACAGAAGGUUGUGAGAACCCCAAGCCUUGCCAGACCGAGCUCUUAGUGUUAGAAUAUGGGUUAUAUGACGGAGACCCUGUUACCAAGGUGCUGCUGCAGCCUCUCACUGGUCGAACCCACCAGUUAAGGGUCCACUGCAGCGCUUUAGGCCACCCUAUUGUCGGGGACUUCACCUACAGCUCGGGAACAGACAACUCCCCGUACCGCAUGAUGCUGCACGCACACCUCCUCCACAUUCCCCUCGAACCUCAGCCACUGCGCGUCACUGCCGGAGACCCUUUUGUCCCAGCGGUUGAUCCCAAGUGGCUCCCGCAGUGCUCAUUAAGGACACUAGAUGCCACUGUGGAGGCCCUGAUACACCGCAGGGAGGAGGAGGACAGGAAGAUUAAAAAGGAAGAGCAAGAGAGAGCGAGAAAAGAAGAGGAGGAUGAGAGGAGAAAACGAAGCAAGGAGCAGAGCACCGAGGAGGAGAGUGAGGAGCAGAGGAGACAGUGCCAGCAGUGGUUGAGUGAAUGGGCUGGAGAUUGAUUUAUUAUUACUAUUAUUAUCAUUAUUACUUUUCAUGGGUUUCGCUGUCUCCUCGUGCAUGUUGAGCAUGCAUUUUAUUUGAGUGUCCACAUCUGUUUCAUUUCAGCUGCAUCUUGGUGGCUUAACUCCUUUACGUUCUCACAAACAAGUUAAGAUCACAAAAAGGCAUGUGUGAACAUAGUUUAUGCUGCACUACUGGAAUGUCCACACUAUACCCACUGCAAGCUGCGAAACAAGUGCCUUGCUCAAGGUCAAGUUAAUAAGAGUUCCUUGUUGCUUUUUUAAUUUUAAUGUGCCAACAUUAUAAGAAAUUGGCCUUUUUCUGAACUACAAAAGCAGAUGUUAGUUUCUCCCAGAAAAAAAACUGUUUUUAAACUCGUGUGAUUGGUUAUUUAUGAUACAAAGCACUCAUGAAGUCCCACAUGAAACAUACUGUAUCUGUAAACACUACUCAGCAUCCUACCCGGGACUUUAAUGUUUGUGGGCAGUUUUACAGCUUUAUGUCUGUUUUAGUCCAGUACAAAUACCCUCACUUGCCACUUUGUUAGGUACACCCAUUCAGCUGCUCAUUAAUGCAAAUAUGGGAUCAGCCAAUCGCAUGUCAGCAACCCAGUGCAUUUAGGCACGUCAACAUGGACAGAAAGACCUGCUGAAAUGCAAACUGAGCAUUUAAAUGCUUUGGAAGCAGAAAUGGGCCCAAUCUGGUACUAGCAAGGUGUAUCUAACAAAGUGGCCAGUGAGUGUACAGAGCACUGAUGUGGUGUACAAAGUUCAUCUGUCCACUAUUUCUAAUAAUGGCAUGAAAAAUUUCUAUUUUUCACACUAUUAUUCUACAAUUUUGGGGGGAUUUUCCCCCUUAAAAUCCCAUCAAGUACCACAAACAACAUUUGAAUUUCAAACUGGUAUAUAUGAUUAAAAACUUGGGAUCAGCUAUAUUUAUGACUUUGAUUAAGAAGCAGGGUUUGAACAUGCCAAUAAAAUGAAUAAAGUACCUGGCUGCCUGAUGUGUUUUUUCCCCCUCACUUCAUGUUUGGAUCCUGCUGAUCAAAUAUAAUGAAGAGUUGUGUAAUAGAUGAAAUCUAGAAGUGUAAAAACAACAGCACUGCGGACUGAAUUGUUAGAUUUGCAAACCAACACAAUUUCAAUCAGUGAAAAACCGUGUUGCGACACAAAUGUCCUUACACCCCGAGCUGUGGCGUCCUCAGUGGAUCAGGCUCGUUCUGGUGCAUUCCACGGAUCCUGGACUGGCUUUCAAUCUUGGAAGUUUGGAGGCUGGAUCAACAUCUUGGUUUACAGUCAUGUUGCUCGAGCAGCUCAUGAGUAUGUUUUGCAUGUAGUUGGGGACUGUCAGUAUUUGGGAGUUUGCUCGGUCUGCAGCAGUGUUUGGGUAGGUGGUCCAUGUCAAUAUUAGAAGAAGAAGAAGAAAGUGUACUUUAUAGAAGCACAUGAGACCCAGGACCCAAGGUAUCCCAACAAAUUGCUGCUGAGGUAAUUAAAAACUUCCUUCUUUUUAGUCCAACACAAUUGUCCAUCCAGUUAAAAAAACAAAUUCCAAUCAAUGUGUCUGAAAUAACAGAAAAUGAUGGUUAUUAUCAGUUGCAACUGAUGGAAAUCCUAAAUAAGUAAAUAUAAAGGCACAGCCUG